ACUUCUAUAAACAGCAUGAAUUAAAUUCUAGAUCAAAGUCGCUCCGUGAACAGCACAAAUAUCUCAAUCAGAGAAGGAAAAGAUCAGCAGCAGUAGGCAAAGAGAAGCAAUCGAGCAAGCAAGGAAGGAGAAGGAGAAGGAGAAGGAGAAGGGGAGUAAUGAGUUACCAGGGAGUUCCUCCCGACGAACCCUACCCUCCUCCACCAGGGUAUUCGCAAUCUCGGCCAUACCCAUACCCACCUCCAUCCGGUGCUGUGUAGCCUCCCCAGGGCUAUCCACCCUCCCAUGGUGUGUACCCUCCACCAUCGGCUCCACCACAGGGGCCUUACCCACCACCUCACCAGCCUCCACCAGGGUACCAGGGCUACUUCAAUCAUGGCCAGCAACCUUACUACCCGCCGCCGCCGCCGCCGCCUUAUGAACAUUGCCAUCACCACUGUGGUGAUGAGGGUUCUGGAGUUGGAUUCCUACAAGGAUGUUUGGCUGCUCUUUGCUGCUGUUGCCUGCUGGAGGAGUGCUGUUUCUAAGGAGAAGAAUUACGUUCCAGUAGUACAUAUGAAUAUAUGAUCAGAAGAUAUUGUUUCUAGAAUUAUUGUUGGAACAUCUGUGUAUUUGAUUUUUUUUCCAGAAAUCCGUAGAAUAUAUAGUUACUGCUGCCUACUGCAUAACAACAGUAUGUCCUGAGUGUGUGCACAUAAUCUCAGGAACUCAAAUAAAAAAGCUAUUGCUUGAGUA